GUCAAAUCUGAGGGAUCGAAUCGAGCGAGGAGUCUCAGACACGCCAAAGCCUUUCUUUGAUCAAUUUUGCGAUGGCAUCUGUGCCGUACUAUGAGUACAUAGUUGUUGGUUGUGGUGGCAUAGGGAGCGGAGCUGUGUACUGGCUUUCUAAGACGGCAGGAAAGGGUGUUCUAGGACUUGAACAAUUCAAAUUAGGUCACGAAAAUGGUGGUUCCCAGGACCACUCUAGAAUCAUAAGAUUGAUGUAUCAUGAUGAGAAGUACACCAGACUCACUCCACACACAUACACAGCAUGGGAAGAAGUGGAAAGGGAAGCUGGCGUCCAGUUAGUGUUCAAGACUGGUGGGUUAGACUUUGCUCGUAAAGGAACCCCGCAAGAGGACACGAUAGCCAAGUAUGGUGAAGCCAUGAGACGAGCGGGCAUCCCAUUUGAGAACAUGGAUGGUGACGAAAUAUCAAGACGGUUUCCUCAGUUUAAUUUGAGCAAAGAUUUCAUUGGAUUUUAUCAAAAGGAUGGUGGCCUGGUGGACGCCGCCCUGGGGAACGCUGUCCAUAUUCAAUUAGCUCGCGGGCACGGGGCAACUGUGCUGGAUGAGUGUGGGGUCACCUGGAUUGAGAAGACAUCAGGCGGUGCGCUGGUUCAUACAAAUAAAGGUACGUUCCGAUGCAGGAAAAUAAUUGUGGCAGCUGGAGCAUGGAUCAAUCACGUGUUGGGCACGAUCGGCGUACAUGUCCCAGUGACCGUGACCCAGGAGCAGGUGACGUACCUCUCGACGCCACACGUUAAAGAUUUCACCAAGAAAAAGUUCCCUAUAUGGAUAUACAACGCACGUGAACAUGAUAUAUAUGGCCUACCUAGCCAUGUGAACGCUUAUAGCAAGAUAGGUGUAGACGCUGGGGGACCUUCGGUCCUGCCAGAGACGCGGACAUACAAUCCCGAUCCAACCAGGGAGAAAGUUUGCAUUGACUUUUUUAAAAGUCACAUUCCAAAAGCAGUUGGCCCCCCAGCGUACACGAAGACGUGUCUCUACACUAUGCCCCCCGAUAGAAACUUUGUCAUCGAUUCGCUGAAGACUCGUGGAUGGCCAGAAGUCGUGAUAUGUUGUGGAGCUGGACACGCUUACAAAUUCGCAUCUUUAUUGGGGAAAAUUUUAAGCCAACUGGCAAUAGAUGGGCGUACGGAAUAUCCCAUCUCUGAUUUCACCUUUGAGAGGGAAGCUAUCAUCAACCCAAAUUACAAAGCUGGUGUAAUAAUGGGACGAGGUGGAAACGUGAAACUGUCCUCGAAUUUGUGAAGACGUACCGUCAUAUCUUCCGGAUCCAUUUCCGCUUUCGGAGUAACUGGAACUUCGAACUUAAUUUGACUUUAAUAUACGUGUACUUGUUCAAAGUGAAGCAUAUAUCUGUAAUGUCACAUUGAUUUUAUAAAAAAUGCACCUUGAUGCACUACACAAGCAUUCAAAUGACAAAGUCAACGUGAAAAUAACUCCACACAUGGAUAAUUUUACGAUACUUGUGUGACAGCUCUUAUUAUUUAUUGCAUUGAACUAGUGUGACAGUUGAAAUAUACUCAAGCAAUCGUUAAAAGACAAAAAUGACCACAUGACAGACAUGGACUUUAUUUUUGAGAUGUCAAACUGAUACCAUUUGAAGUUGAAACUAUUUGGAUAUUCUAAAGUCACAUUGAUUCAUCAAACUUUAUUCACCGCUGAAAUCUAACGUGACCGUCUCAUUCUUUCCACACAAAUCAAAUAUUGCUCACAAAGAUUUACGUACAAUUAGGUACUAACCUAUUGUUUUUUCAAAUCAGUUGGGUAAUCUUUUAAGUUGAUGAAAAUUCUAUUUAGCAAAGCUUGACGGAAAAAAUAGUCUAAGGCCUGCACUUUCAUCUCCUUUA